AUGUCCGACUACAGAAACUCGACACCGAAACUCUACGACGAUACAACGAGCCUAGUAGUCACCUACACACUCGACCUACCCAAGAUACAUAUACUUCAAGCCAUGGUUACGGGGGUAGCGGUGCGCCGCGCCGUGCUGCUCCCCCAAUGCGGCGGUAGCGGCGCCGGGCUCGCGGCUUUGCUGCCGUUCCAACAAUCGCCCACUAUGACUUCGUCGAUUCUGUCCGCGAAAUUCCGCCGUCCGUUCUCGUCAGUUCAGCGGUCCUCGACGACAUCUUUCGCCAUCGUUUCGGUUCCUUUCUCAUCCUCCCAUCUCGGAUCACAACCAUGCGUACAAUCCCAACGUUGGACUUCCCCCUUCGGCCUUCUCCGCCAGCUAUCGACCUCACAAACUCGCCUACGGGAGCAGUCGGCCAAGGAAGCUGCGGCAGAGACAGCAGAAGAGGCGGCAAAGGACGUUGAAAAGGUCAAGGAAUAUACAUCUGAAGAACACCUCAAGGUACACGGUUUUACGAAAAGCGAGAGGGCGCAUAAGGCUGCCCAUAUCAACAUGAGCGCUCGUCUUUCCAAGGAUGGCAAAUCCCAAUCAGGCACCAAGCCCGGCUUCGCCGAGGUCUGGCGUCUGAUCAAGAUUGCGCGCCCCGAGGUUAAGGCGAUGAGUGUCGCAUUCGUCCUGCUUCUCAUCUCGUCCGCGGUUACCAUGUCCAUCCCCUUCUCGAUCGGCAGGAUUCUGGAUCUUUCCACCCAGGGUCCCGCCGACGAGGUUCGGCUCUUCGGUCUUACCCUCUAUCAGUUCUUCGGUGGCCUCGCUGGUCUUCUCACUCUUGGUGCGACGGCCAACUUUGGCAGAAUCAUCAUUCUCCGUAUCGUCGGCGAGCGCGUCGUGGCUCGGUUGCGCACGAAUCUCUACCGCCGCACCUACGUCCAGGAUGCCGAGUUCUUCGAUGCCAACAGGGUCGGUGAUCUGAUCUCGCGACUGAACUCCGAUACGGUUGUCGUGGGCAAGAGCAUUACUCAGAACGUGUCUGAUGGUCUUCGUUCCAUGGUUAGCGGUGCGGCGGGUUUCGCGGCCAUGUUCUGGCUCAGCCCCAAGCUGACAUCCAUCAUCCUCAUCAUGGUUCCCCCUAUCGGUCUUGGAGCGGUUCUUUAUGGUCGCUCGAUCCGCAACUUGAGCAGGCAGAUUCAGAAGAACGUCGGCUCACUGAUGAAGAUCGCCGAGGAACGGUUGGGUAACAUCAAGACCAGCCAGGCCUUUGCCGCUGAAGUGCAAGAGGUGGGUCGCUACAACAAGCAGGUCAGAAAGAUUUUCGCCCUGGGCCGGAAGGAGGCCAUUGUUUCGGGUGUCUUUUUCAGCAGUACGUCGUAUACAGGAAAUCUGGCGAUCUUGGCUCUCUUGAUUGUCGGCGGAAACCUUGUGCGCUCAGGGGCCAUGUCUCUCGGCGAUUUGACCUCGUUUAUGAUGUAUACUGUCUUUGCUGGCUCAAGUCUCUUCGGUGUUAGCGGCUUCUACUCGGAACUGAUGAAGGGUGUCGGCGCAGCGAGUCGUCUGUUCGAGCUCGAGGAUCGCAAGCCGGCCAUCCCCCAGACCGUUGGUUUGAAGGUUGAAUCUGCGCAGGGUCCCAUCAAGUUCUCGAAUGUAACGUUCGCCUACCCUACCAGACCUGCAGUUACGAUAUUCAAUGGCCUCGACUUUGAGAUCCCCUCGGGCACAAACGUGUGCAUUGUAGGCCCUUCAGGCGGAGGUAAAAGCACCGUGGCCUCCUUACUCUUGCGCUUCUAUAACCCCACAUCCGGUAGCAUCACCAUCAACGGCAUCGACAUUUCCAAGAUGAACGCCAAGUCUCUCCGCCGCCGCAUCGGCAUGGUCUCACAGGAGCCAGUCCUCUUUUCGGGUACUAUUGCCGAAAACAUUGCUUACGGCCGUCCCCGGGCUCCGCGCACCGAGAUCAUUGCGGCUGCCCAGAAGGCCAACUGCGGUUUCAUCAGCGACUUCCCCGAAGGCCUCGAGACCCAGGUCGGCGCCCGUGGCGCCCAGCUCUCCGGUGGCCAGAAGCAGCGCAUCGCCAUUGCUCGCGCCCUCCUCAAGGACCCCGAUAUUCUCAUCUUGGAUGAGGCCACCUCCGCCUUGGACGCCGAAUCCGAGACCUUGGUCAAUUCUGCCCUUGCGGAACUCCUCAAGGGCCGCAGCACCACCAUUUCGAUUGCUCACAGACUGUCCACCAUUAAGCGAUCUGACAAGAUCAUUGUGCUCUCGAGCGAGGGCACCGUGGCUGAGAUUGGCAGCUACACAGAGCUGAGCGCCAACAAGGACAGCCACUUCAGUAAGCUGAUGGAGUGGCAGAUGAGCGGUAGUGAUGUCUCCCCGGACCACCGCCCCCCCUCUGGAGAUCCUCAUAUCAGUGAGGUUGAGGAGAUUGAGGAGGAACUUGCGGAGGCGGAGAAUGACAUUGAUGACGCGGUGGAGAAGGAUGUGAAGCCGCCAAUCCGUCACACUCCCACACCUCAGUCUACAGCAGAUGGUAAUGAGUUUGAGGCAUUGUCAGCCACUUACUCACGUGGGACGAGCUCCCCGGUCGGGCCGCUGACACAGAGAGAUAUCUUAUCCCUCACAGGCCCGAACCCAGGCAUGAAUCUCCCGCAACUUCCACCAUAUACCCCGCCGAGCAAGUGGCCGAAAGUCAGGUCCAUGCUUCACGCGAUGCUCGCCUCAGAGGAGGAGGGCAUCGUCACCUUUUUUACUGUGUACAUGUCACAUCGGAUGCUGGAGAGCGAAGGAGAACGGCACUGCUGGGGAGGUUAG